AUGAAUCUUUGCUCAUGGAAUUGUAGAGGAGUAGGUAAAAAAGGUUUUCCUGCUUUGAUUAGGGAUAUUAAAUAUAGGUUUAAAAUAAAAGUUCUUGCAAUGUUAGAAACUAGAAUUCAGGGGGAUAAAGGUGAUGCUAUUGUUAAAAAGCUUGGUUUCUCUAAGUUUUUUAAACAGGAGGCUGUUGGAUUUAUGGGUGGUAUUUGGAUCUUAUGGGAUGAUAGAGAUGUUGAGGUGGAGGUUAUUCGUGCCCAUCAUCAGUAUGUACAUACUAGAAUUCACUAUAUUGAGGAAGGAAGGAUAGAGUUAGCUACCUUUUUCUAUGGUAGCCCGAGGAGAGUGGAGAGAAUUAAACUAUGGGAGGACUUGGUGGAUAUUUCUGAUUCUGUUGUUGUCCCUUGGAUCCUGCUUGGGGACUUCAAUUCUGUUUUAAGACAACAUGAAAAGGUUGGGGGUCUGGAUGUGUGCUGGAAGAGUAUCCAGGAUAUGCAGGACUGCCUUAUGGAUUGUAGGAUUGCUGAUGUUGGGUUUAAAGGUCCUAGUUUCACUUGGAGGAGGGGAAAAUUACAAGAAAGGAUUGAUAGAGCUUGUGCAAAUGAAGAGUGGAAUGUUGUUUGGCCGAAUAGAGUGGUAGCUCAUUUACCUUAUUUCAGCUCUGAUCAUAGGCCAAUUCUUGUCAACUGUUCUCAGUCUAGCCAGGAGUCUAGGGGUGAAAUUCAAUUUAAAUUUCUUGCUGCCUGGCUCACAAAUGCUGAUUUUAGCAAUAUUGUAAAAAACUGUUGGGGAAGUAAUGCUGAAUGGAUUGUGGCUAGGAGAGACUUUGAGAUUACAGCUUCUAAAUGGCAUCAGGAGGUGUUUAAAGAGGAGAUGAGACAGAAACAUAAACUCUAUGCCAGAAUUCAGGGUUUGGAUUGGAAGCUGGAGGCUGGGUAUGAUAGAGACCUUGAGAGAUUGCAAAGAGAUCUAUGGAAAGAAUUGGAGACCAUUUUGUUAAGAAAAGAAUUGACUUGGUUCCAGAGAUCCAGAGUCAAAUGGCUGAGAUUUAGUGAUCGAAAUUCAAGAUUCUUUCACUCAACUACCAUUGCCAGAAGGAGGAGAAAUAAAAUUUGUGCUAUUAAAAAUGACAUUGGAGAAUGGACAGUUGACACUGAAGGUAUGAUUGAAACGGCUGUGAAUUAUUUUGAGAAUCUUUUUUUGGAGGAAGAUAGUUCUUUUGAAGAUUUUCCUAUCAAAGGGACUUUUCCUAAAUUGGAGGUCCAGGAUCUGCAGAAUCUAGCUAAGACCCCUGAUGAUGUGGAGGUCAAGAGUAUUGUGUUCAAGAUGGGAAGAUUUAAGGCCCCUGGCCCAGAUGGCCUAAAUGCUGCUUUUUUUCAAUCUCAAUGGCACCUGGUUGGCAAAUCUGUUGGUGAGCUAAUUAGGAGUAUUUUUGAAGAUCCCAAAAGAAUUCAGUUGAUAAAUCAAACUCAUCUUUGUCUAAUCCCAAAAUUAGAUAAUCCUGAGUGCAUGAGAGACUUCAGACCAAUAAGCCUAUGUAAUGUUGCUUAUAAGAUUGUCACUAAGGUGGUUGCUGACAGAUUAAGGAACCUGAUGCCCAGUCUUGUUGCCCCAAAUCAGUGCUCUUUUGUAAAGGGUAGGCAGAGUGCUGAUAACAUACUGGUUGCUCAGGAGAUUAUCCACUCAAUGAGAAGGAAAAAAGGCAAGCAGGGUUGGAUGAUGAUUAAAGUUGACCUUGAGAAAGCCUAUGAUAGGCUGAAUUGGGAUUUUAUCCAUGAUACUCUAAUAGAAUUGGGUCUUCCUGGAAGUCUGGUAUCUCUUAUUCAUUGCUGUGUUGGAACUAGUGAGUUAAAUGUGCUGUGGAAUGGGAAGCCCACCAAGUACUUCAGGCCCUCCCGAGGAAUAAGACAAGGAGAUCCAUUAUCUCCUUACUUAUUUGUCUUGUGUGUUGAAAGGCUUGCCCACCUUAUCCAAGUAGCUAAUGAUGUGAAAGCCUGGAAGCCUAUUAUUCUUAGAAAAAGAGGUCCACCAAUAUCGCACCUGCUUUUUGCUGAUGACAUCAUUCUUUGUGCUGAAGCUUCCAUGGAGCAGGCUCAAGUUAUAAAUCAGGUGCUUAGAAUUUUUUCUAUAAGUUAUGGGCAGAAAAUUAAUUUGGAGAAGACCAGGGUUUUCUUCUCUAACAAUGUUAGCUUUGGAAGAACUAAAGAGAUUAGUGGUUGCUUAGGUAUAAGCAGUACCCCUAACCUGGGAAAAUAUUUGGGGGUCUUGCUAAACCAUGAUAGAGUGAGUAAAAAGUCCUUUGGCCAUGUGUUGGAUCGGGUGAAAAACAGACUGUAUGCUUGGAGUGUUAAAACUUUGUCUCUAGCUGGGAGACUCACUUUGGCUAAGUCAGUGCUCUUUGUUAUGCCCACCUAUGCUAUGCAAACAGCCUGGUUACCCAAAUCUGUGUGUGGAGAAAUAGAAAAGUGUACCCGUGGAUUCAUAUGGGGUUCAACUAAAGAGAAAAGAGGUGUCCAUUUGGUUAAUUGGGAGAGUAUGUGCUCUAAUAAGCAAUGUGGUGGAGUUGGUUUGAGGGAUCUACAAUCGUUUAACCAAGCUUUCAUCAUGAAGGUUGGUGUUGGAUUAAUGACCAAAAAGGAAUCUUUAUGGGCUAGAGUGCUGAGAAGUAAAUAUAAAAUGGAGGAUUGCCUUAUGCCAAAGAUGCCUAGGACUACUAAUGCUAGCAACAUGUGGAAGGGUAUAAGUUCCUCCUGGAACCAUGUCCUGGCAGGUACAAGAGUUAUGAUGGGGAAUGACAAGCUAACUAGUUUCUGGCUGGAUUGGUGGAUUCCUGACAUUGGCAGAUUAAUUGAUAAAGUUACUAGCCCUGUUCCUGAAGAGGAUAAAUGCUGGAAGGUUGCCCACUGUGUUAAACAAGAUGGGGAUUGGGAUUGGGAUUGGGAUAAAUUCAGUAUGUAUAUUCCUGAAGAGGUUUGUGAGUCCAUUGCUCGGAUUGAAGCACCAAAGGAAGGAGAUGAGGAGGAUAGGGUUAUCUGGAAUUGUUCUAGCAAUGGCCUUUUUUCUGUGAAAUCUGCUUACCAUCUCAUCAGAAAUGAAUAUCCAAGUAUUAAGAACCAGGACAGCUAUUGGGAUCUUGCUUGGAAGUGGAGGGGUCCAGAGAGGAUUAAACAUUUUUUAUGGCUCUUAAUUGGUAAUAAGCUGUUAACAAAUGAGCAAAGGAGAUGUAGACAUAUGGGAGAUGAUGCUAAAUGCCCCAGAUGCAUGCUUCCGUGUGAAGAUUGUUGUCAUGUGAUGAGGGAUUGCUUUUGGGCUAGACAGGUUUGGUCCUUGUUAAUUGAUAAAGCUAGUUGUGGUGGCUUCUUUGCUGGUAAUUUUAUGGAGUGGAUUCAAUUUAACCUGGGUAGAGGGAGGAAGGAUAAUCAAGACCAAGCUUGGAGACUUACCUUUGGUAUCACUUGUUGGAUGUUGUGGCAAGCUAGGAACAACUUGGUUUUUAGGAAGAUUAUUAGCUCUCCUGAAAGCUUUUGUCAUAAAGUGAGGGUCUAUGUUCAGAAUGUGGUACAUGCUGAAAAUGCUCUAGAUGUGGCAGAGAUUAGAGUGAGGAAUAAGGAGGACACGCUGAUGCAAUGGGAGCCUCCCCUAAAAGGUUGGAUCAAGAUCAAUACGGAUGGGGCAUGUUCACUAGAUGGUUCCAAAUGUGGUUGUGGGGGAGUUAUUCGCGACAGUGAUGGAAAAUGGCUAGUUGGUUUUAUGAAAAAGGUUGGUCAAGGUAAUGCUUUGAAGGCUGAAUUAUGGGGGAUGUUAAUAGGGCUUCAAGUUGCUUGGGAGCAUGGUUUUAAGCAAGUUCACUUAGAGGGUGAUUCAUCUGAGGCUCUUCAAUUGAUUCAAGGAAUCUGUCCUGAUGUCCACCCGUUCUGCAAUCUGAUAAACAGGGUCAAGGAGCUGAUUGAUAGGCAGUGGGAGGUUAUGCUAUCACAUACGAGGAGGAGUGGGAAUGAAGUUGCUAACUUCUUGGCUUCUAAGGUGGACCAUAAUUCUUGGGAGUUAGCUUUAUUGCCUAAUAUUCCUUUAGGUUGUUAUAGGUUUGUUGAGAAGGAUGUGUUGGGGUAUGCUAAUACCUUCAAAGAUCCUUAA